UGUUCACCUUAUGGUCGUACGUUUGAUAUGCGCGCGAUCGGGAGGCGAGGGGGCUGGCUGGCCGUUGGCGGUUCGCGAUCUACCGACAAAAACUGGGAAUUCGUGGAGGCCGCCUGCUGCGUUGUCCAUGUCCUGCUCUUUUCGGCAGGCGGACAAGCAUGAUGUGUUUGCCCAAAAAAGAAAGAGCAAGGAGGAGGCAAGCCACAAACACGGGCUUUUUUUCUUCCCUUGCUUUUUGCCGCGCACCUCGGUUGCCACUGCCUGCCACGUCAUGGCUAGUGUUGAGGCAGCACUGGCAGGCACGGUUGAGGCGGUCGGCGGGCGGCUGUGGCGAGGUGCAGCGCCCAAGUCCGGCGGCCGCCUAGCGACCCAGGCAAAGCGACCCAGGCACCCAGGCGAGCCAGCUCAGCCGGGAUCAUCAAUUCUGUGGUCCCGCCCGAAGAACAGGCACACAGGACGGAGAACAGGCAACACCGGUCUGCAAGCUCUGACGGGCUGCAUGCACAAGGCCUACGCAGAUAUUGCAUCGAGUGGGCGCGGUGCAGCCAGGCGGCGACAUCUGCAGUUGCAGGGACCAGGACCACGAUUUGCGAUCGCGUCCCGUUGACUGUUAGUGCUUGAGAAGCCGAUCGGCCGAGAAGGCAGACGGCAGGUGGACAAGAAUAGAUGUGGAUUUUCAACAUCGGCGGCCAGCGCACCUACAAUAGAUGCAUGUGCCGAUUCACGCGGAACAGAGGACGAGGUGGGCCAAAGAGAAUGCAUCUUUUCCACUCAACCUCCCCCGCUCAGCUGACCUGCACCACAUGUAGGCUGCCGGGCACACAUCACAAUUCACCUGCAACCUCCUCCAUUGUGUGUGCGGGUGUGGGCCAUUUAUUGUAAAGAAACAACAAAACACAAAACAAAGGGGUGUGAAGAAACAAGCACUGUCGGAAUCUGAUAAACCGACGUCAACAGCCAAUUGCUGGACUCGGCACGCUGCUUGCCCGAACGAGCCGGCCAUGCUCCUAUCGCGAGAUGGAGCUUCAUCCAUCCAUCCCGGAGGAUGGCACCCCUUCUUGCUGUUGUUACCUCCCACCUCCCUCCUCCCCGACAAACCUAUCAGUCCCAGCACGCCCUUGCACUCUGUAUGCAUCCCACCCCCCGUUGGCAAACUCGCCAAGUCCAAUCACUAGUUCUUCUUGUGUCUGCAUGAGACGAAGGGGUCCGGAAAUAUCGAAUAUCAUAUCAUAUUCCCAGACGGGCGACUCAGGGUGAGCAUGAUGGGGAAAAGACGGGAUGAAGGGUGGGGUGUUUGAUACGAGAAUGAUCCAUCCAGACGGUAGCCACUUCCUAUAGCAGAUGAAGGUUUGCUGGGGACUGCGGGAGGUAGAGCACGAUAGACAUCCUCAUUCCCAUUCUCAUCG